AUGGAAUCCAUCAAACUCUCUGUCGAUCGCAGCAAAAUCGAUCCGAAUUUCGAUGGAUACAAAGUCUCAAUGGAUAAUAUUCAUUUCGAAAGCAAGAAACUCGAACAAAACAUAUUCCUUCGGACACCGUCUAACAGUAUGGUGACUCUCCAACACAUGAAAGUGUUUUCGAAUGAUAAUCAGCUGUUCUGCAAUGCAAUCGAAGGCUCAGAAUCUCACGAGCACUUGUAUCGAAUUCUCGAGACUGGACAUAUUCAGAAAAUGGUUUAUGAUAAGAAGACCCGUCAAUGGGACAUCUCAAUUGUUGGUAACAUUCCUCUAAAAGGCAACGAAACAUCCGCAUUUCCGACAAAUCUUCUCUUCACUAACAAAAAUAUUGUUGUUGCUUCAAACGGACUAUCCGAAAUCUCAGUUUUCUUGGCAGUUUCUGGAUCGAAUUGGGUGAAUAUGUUGACUCACAAAGUUACAGAAAACUCAGGAAUUUCACUGAUUGAAGCCAGAAUUAUUGAUGAAAAACUGAAUAUUCUGGUGUAUGAAGUCGAAAAUGACGAUAAGAAUAAGAAGACGAGAAGCAGAGUUCAUUGGAUUGUUGUCAAGUUGGAUGAUAUUGAUUAUGCUGAAAAUUUAUCUAUUGAAAAGACUACAGAGUUUAUUCAAAAGGGGCAUUUCGAAACUUGCACAUUCUCGAACGAAGGAGAUAUCGUAUUCCUGUCAAGUGAGAAACCACAUGUUGAAGGUCAUGAGGAUGCUUCCGAAGUCACUGUUCUAGAUCAGUCUUGGUCACAAGCUGAAAAUAUCAUCACAGUCAGAUUCAAGUUGGCCAUCGAAAUUGCGCAGGAAGAUGUGAAAAUCGACUUAACUAAAACAGCGAUCAAAUUGAUUCUCAAAGAAACGACAAUUUUGAAUGGAAAACUCGGAGGAGAAAUUGACGAGAAUGAUGUGGAAAUUUGUGCAGACCAGAAAGAGAAUACGUUGAUCUUGAAGUUGAAAGCACUUGACGACAAGAAAUGGGAAAAGCUGAUCGCUAUUGAAAAUUGGAAACUGGAAUCACUUGAAAAUGAAGAGAUGAAAAAAAUGGAUAAAGAAGAGCAAGUAUACGGAACAGAUGAACCAAUGGAAGAAUGUGAUGAAGCUGAUAGUACUCUAUUCUUCUAUUGGGUUCACCGAGAAUCUGGAAAAGUAAUUUCUCAGUGCGAUGUAUCCGGCAGCCAGGUUCUCUUUGUGCGUCGUGAUUGCAUGAAACCGGCUAAUUUCUGUCUUCGUCAUGACGUCGACGGUAUUCUGUGGUCAUUUGAUAGCGAAGCUCCGUCCCAUGUGGCAACUCUCCAAGCUUUCGGAUAUGUUCAAGCAUCAAAAACAACUCGUCUCUGGUCUGGAUGCUCUCCGAACAUCUCUUUAGCUUGUAUUGUUGAAGGAAACAAUCGAGUGCUUCUUUAUUCGCAAAAGGUGGAAAUUUCUGGAAGUCUCAGCAAUCGAAAAACAGCACAGAAAGUCAGUCAUGUGUCGAAACAAUACUUGCUCCGUGUGGACUGUUCUGACCCAAUUCGAGGAGUUCAUCUCACUGAAACUCAUAUUUUUGCUGCUACUAAAGAGCACAUCCACGUUGCAGAGCUCACACUCUGA